GCUCAACCCUAGUUGCACGAUACUGUAUUUCCGUACUCUGCUGCUUGUUGUUUAGUUAGUUAUUGUUAUUGAUAUUCACUUGGAUUUGGAUGACACAAAUCUGUAGACUGAGUGUUGUGUGACAUAUUAGAAUUUAAAAAAAGUAUUUGAUUGAUUAUUACAAGAUUGUUAUUAUUUUAUACACAAAGAUAGCUAGGCUAAUGUUUAACAGUCCUAAAAUUAAGAAUGGGCUUUGAAAUCAAAAGGUUUCAAGGUGACGUCGACGAAGAACUUAUAUGUCCCAUUUGUUCUGGAGUUUUAGAAGACCCUUUACAGGCACCAACUUGUGAACAUGCAUUUUGCCGUGCAUGUAUAACAGAAUGGAUAAAUCGUCAGCCGACUUGUCCAGUGGACCGACAGGCGGUGACCGCAUGUCAGCUGCGACCUGUUCCAAGAAUACUACGCAACUUACUUUCGAGACUAUGUACAGGCUGUGAUAAUGCACCUCAUGGAUGUAAUGCGGUUUUAAAACUUGACUCUUUAGCUUCGCAUUUAGUUGAAUGUGAAUUCAAUCCUAAAAGACCAAUGCCAUGUGAGGCAGGCUGUGGUCUGGUUAUACCAAAAGAUGAACUCGCAGAGCAUAACUGUGUUCGUGAAUUAAGAGCACUUAUAGCUACACAACAAGGAAAACUUACAGAUUUCCAGCAGGAACUUGCCGAACAACGACUUAUUAUUAAUGAACAUAAGCGUGAAUUGGCUCUUCUUAAAGAGUUCAUGCGAGCGAUGCGCGUAUCAAAUCCUACUAUGCGAGCAUUGGCUGAUCAGAUGGAACGUGAAGAGGUGAUCCGUUGGGCAAACUCAUUGGCUCGCGCGCGUGUUACGCGAUGGGGCGGCAUGAUCUCUACUCCGGAUGACGUCCUGCAGGUGAUGAUGAUCAAGCGAAGUUUGUCUGAGUCGGGCUGUCCUCCUCACAUUAUCGAUGAUCUUAUGGAGAAUUGCCAUGAAAGACGGUGGCCACCUGGUCUAUCUUCCUUAGAAACAAGACAAAAUAAUAGAAGAUUAUAUGAGAAAUAUGUAUGUAAAAGAGUACCGGGAAAGCAAGCUGUGCUGGUAUUACAAUGUGACAAUACUCAUGUUGAUGAACACAUGAUGGUGGAACCUGGGCUUGUCAUGAUAUUCGCCCAUGGUAUAGAGUAAAGUGAAAAUAAGACUCAAAAUUUUCUAAAAAUAUAUGCAAUUACAUGUAUUUGAUGAUAAAAAAAGCAAACUCAGGCUUUAAAUUCAUCAUAAUAAUAAUUAUAUUCAGAGUAACAGUGUUGCUAGGUAAGAAUAUAAUUUGAUACCAAUGUGCUAAAGUACAAUAAUUAAAAUGUUGGUUUGAUAUUCUAAAAAAAUGAAGUGUGAAGGUAUUUGAAUAAUGUAUUGUUUUCGAAUUGGAUAGCUAAACAUUCCUAAAGUACUCUUAGGUGUAAUGUGACUUUGGAACUAUGUAUCUUUAUUGUUAUAGUAUAUUAGAAAAUAUAUUUUCAAGGUCAGGUCUUACUACUGUUUUUAGAUUAGUGAUAGAGUGCUGUGUUAUGUUAGUAAUAUAAAAUGUACUUGUGUCGCUCUUUGUAUUGUAAAACUAAUUAGAUUUUACUCCAUAUGUUAAUAUUGGUAUUUUUGUUUAAAUUAAAUUAAAAAUCUGUAUAAUGUGAUAUUGUUAGGACCUAAAAUUAUUUUAUCAUCUUAUUUUCCAGUUUUUUUAAGGCCAAAUUUUUAAUAUAUUUUAAGUCGAUUCCGAAUAAACUUGUAAC